AUGGGAGAUAAUGGUCUCUGGCCUCUCUUUGCAGUGACAAAUAUUUGUAUUAGAAAGAUAAUGAUCUGGCUUUAUACAUUGCUGUUCCUGAUGUUGGUGACCAAAGCAGGCAUGGCUGGUCUCCCUUUGCCACUACAAAAGUCCUGUGCUUCUUCUACUGGAUCCAUACCUCAAAGCUGCAAGGAAAUCAAAAACAGCUGUCCAGAGUCAAAUGAUGGCCUGUACUUCCUCCAGACUGAGAAUGGGAACAUUUACCAGACCUUUUGUGACAUGAGUUCUGGGGAAGGUGGCUGGACCCUGGUGGCCAGUGUGCAUGAGAAUCACUUGGCAGGGAAGUGUACCCAGGGGGAUCGCUGGUCCAGCCAGCAGGGUAACUGGAAAGACUACCCUGAAGGUGAUGGAAACUGGGCCAAUUAUGCCACCUUUGGAUCUGCAGAAGCUGCUACCAGUGAUGACUACAAGAACCCAGGUUACUAUGAUAUACAGGCCAGGGAUCUGGCCAUCUGGCAUGUGCCCAACAAGUCUCCCCUGAAGCAAUGGAGGAAUAGGUCCCUGCUGAGAUAUCGUACCAACAGUAGCUUCUUCAACAAUCUGGGAGGGAACCUAUUUGGCCUCUAUAAGAGGUACCCAGUGAAAUAUGGGAUUGGCAAGUGUUGGAUUGACAACGGCCCGGCUGUGCCUGUCAUCUAUGACUUUGGUGAUGCAGAAAAAACUGCCCAGUAUUAUUCUCAACUUGGCCAGAAGGAAUUUGUUGGAGGCUUUAUCCAGUUCCGGGUAUAUAAUAAUGAAGGAGCAGCCAAUGCCCUGUGUCCUGGAAUGAGAGUCACUGGAUGUAACACUGAACACCACUGCAUUGGUGGAGGAGGAUUCUUUCCAGAAGGGGCUCCUAGGCAGUGUGGAGAUUUCUCUGCCUAUGACUGGGGUGGCUAUGGAACUCAUGGUGAUACUAGCAACAGUCGGGAGAUAACAGAGGCUACUGUGCUCCUGUUCUACAGAUGA